GUUCUGAUCCGUGGGAACCCGAGUCAGCAGAUGUUAAUCGGGACCUCCUGCAGAACCGCUGCUGGACCGUCAGAACGUCGUCAUGGUAACCGGCAGGUCAUGUGACCGGUGUCCGUCUGUCUUUCCAGGACCUUCAGCAUGUCGUCCCUGGACCCAACUGGACCGGACCGGGACCGGCGCAGGAAGCAGGGGGAGCCUCUGAGCCGCUCAGUCAGCCCCAACAGGAGGUUCUUCCAGCGGGUUCCCUUGAACUGGACCUCGGGUCCACGCUCCGGUUCGAACAGAACCUCCAGCUUCAAGAUGAGUCCGACUCCUCCCAGAACCGUCUUCCCCGACCCGAGUGGACCACAGGACUCCGCGCCCAAGGCUCCGCGCAGGCUGAGCUUCAGUGGGAUCUUCAGGGCCUCCAGGGAGUGGAACCAGCAAUCCGGGUCGACCCACAAGCUGAUUGGACGGAACCACAGAGACAAGGCCAGAGCCCCCUCCUCCCACAGGCAGGUGGGCGGUUUCCACCUGGAGACGUACCUGACGGAGCCACGGCGCCCAGAGGCCAGCAGGCCGCGCUCCUACUCCUCCCCUCCUGACGCCGCUCACCUGGCUACCUCCACCUGCAGCUCUCUGCCCCCUCAGGCCCCGCCUCCACCUGCCUCUGCUCACACCUGGAGCCAGGUGGAGGUCGCUGGCGGCAUGUCGGAGCAGCUGGAUCAGACGGAACCCGGAGAUGCCGGAUCCGAGGAGUCGGAGAGAGACAUCUACAUGCGGUUCAUGAAGUGCCACAAGUGCUACGACAUCGUCCCCACCAGCUCCAAACUGGUGGUGUUCGACACAACGCUGCAGGUGAAGAAGGCCUUCUUCGCGCUGGUGGCUAACGGGGUGAGAGCGGCUCCUCUGUGGGAGAGCAAGAAACAAAGCUUUGUGGGAAUGUUGACCAUCACAGACUUCAUCAACAUCCUGACCAGAUACUAUAAAUCCCCCAUGGUGCAGAUCUACGAGCUGGAGGAGCAUAAGAUCGAGACGUGGAGAGAGCUGUACCUGCAGGAGACCUUCAAACCUCUGGUUCACAUCUCACCUGACGCCAGUGUGUUCGAAGCGGUCCACUCCCUGAUAAAGAACAAGAUCCACCGGCUUCCUGUCAUCGAUCCGAUCAGCGGCAACGCUCUCUACAUCCUGACUCACAAGAGGGUCCUGAAGUUCCUGCAGCUCUUUGUGUGUGAGAUGCCCAUGCCGGCCUUCAUGAAGCAGACACUGGAGGAACAUGCGGUGGGAACGUACUCCAACAUUGCCUACAUCCACCCCGACACACCGCUCAUCACGGCCCUGUCUGUGUUCACACACCGCCGGGUCUCUGCGCUGCCCGUGGUGGAUCAUAGCGGGAAGGUGGUGGACAUCUAUUCCAAGUUUGACGUGAUUAACCUGGCAGCUGAGAAGACCUACAACAAUCUGGAUGUGACGGUCACCCAGGCUCUAAGACACAGAUCGCAGUACUUUGAAGGCGUCAUGAAGUGCAACAAGCUGGAAACGCUGGAGACCAUCGUGGACCGGAUCGUGAAAGCUGAGGUCCACAGGCUGGUCGUGGUUGACGAUGAGUCUCAUAUCAUUGGCAUCGUGUCGCUGUCGGACAUCUUGCAGGCGCUGGUUCUGAUGCCUGCUGGACUGGGGAGGAAGGAGUCCAUCACCUCCCAACCAGAACCCCUGAACCCAGCGGAACCAGAACCAACAGCUCCAAAUGGGUCGGACCAGGACCCUGUUCUGGAGUCGGAGGCAGAAAGCAUCCCGGGACCGGGAGGCGAGCCAGAGACAGAAACCGAAACUGAUCACAACCAGGACCAGAACCAGGACCAGGACCAGGAAAAGAACCAAGACCAGGACCAGAACCCAGACCAGAACCAGGAAAAGAACCAAGACCAGGACCAAAACCAAGACCAGGACCAGAAUCAGAACCAGGACCAGGAAAAGAACCAAGACCAGGACCAGAACCAAGACCAGGACCAGGAUCCCCAAGGAGCCACAGAGGAAGCUCCUGAGAGCGGCCAGCAGGGGGAGCCAGAGGAGGAGGAGGUGGCAGGCGGGGAUGAGGGGGAAGAGGGGAAGUGACAUCAUCACAGUGCUUCCCCUUGGACUCUGACGACCCACCGCGCUCGGGUCAACCCACAGAAGAAGAAUCAGGACAGGGUGGACUGUGAUUGGACUGCUGCUCAGGUGGGCAGAGCCAGACUAACAUGCUGAUGCCAAUCAGAGGAAGGUUCUGGUUCUGCCUGCUGGGUUCUGGAGAAGCUUCAGGAAGAUUGGUUGCCAUGGCAAUGGAUUGGUCCUCUAGCCCCUCCUGGUGGAAGUCUGUCACUGCAGCCUCAUAACAGCCAUGAAGCUCGACCACAACCAGAACCGGGUCACCCUGAACAUCUGGACCUUCUGAUGGUGGCAGAAACAUUUGAAUGAGCCAAUCACUGUUGAGCUGCUGCAUCAUUUCCUGUUUCACUGACGUAGCCAAUCACAGGUUGUUACUUUGGUGGAAAAUGAUUUUAUUCUGGAAAGUGUUGUUUCUACUUCCUGCUGUACUGUAAAGGGGCGGGGCCCCAGACAGUUUGGACCAAUCAGAUGAGAGAAUAUUUAACUUUGUAUAUUCAUAUUUUACUGUUCCCAUAGAGACAGAGAAAUGUAGUAUUUAACAGCUGUGAUGUCGUCAUGGUGCGUCUGUGACAUCACAGUUUCCAUAGUGAGUCGCUUUGCUGCUGCUGUGAAAACGAAUUAAAACUGCUGAUCUGAGAUCUGCCAGUCUGGUUUUACUGGUCCAACUGGGGACCGUUAUGUGACAGUAAUGACAGGAAGGAUGGCCGCAUGUGUAGCAUCCAACUGGUCCAACUGAUCUAACUGGAACAUUGAGGAAUUUAAGGUAGCUAGCUUUAGCUUAGAAAACCUUCAUCAGGUCUGUCAACACUGACCUCAUGACCAGAACAUACUGGGUCUAACCCAGUGAUUUGAGUCAGGGGAGACAGGUGAGGCAGAGCCUCAUCUGUCUUCAUGGAAAAAUAAUUUAUAUUUCUAUUUUCACCCUGUGGUUUGUACAAUAAAGUAUUUAUUUUUCAUUUAGCUUAACCAAUUCUGAUUAUUUUUUCUUCAGAAUUGCAGAAUUUUUGCAAUUUCCCAUUCAAAUGCUCAGAAGUGAAGUCGGUGAGGCAGCAGGAAGCUGAGCCUCACCUGGGAUUGAUCAACCUCUGGCUAACUGCGCUGGCUGCUACUCAAUGUUUCUCCUGUCUGUACGCUGACAAUAAAAUGGUUAGAAACAUUUAA